CUCUUUGCUUUUGCUCUAUGGAAAUUACCUCCAAUGUUUAUAGAAAAGAAGCACAUUUACUUUACCUGUUUUCGUUUAUUUUUGUAAAUUUAUCAUAAAACUAAAUCGUCGUAUGAUUUUUAUGCUUGCACUUUUAUGUAAAAGUAAUAAAGAGGACUCGAAGUGAAUAGUUUUGGUGUGGAUAAAAAUAAUUGUGACACGAUGACUGAUUCGGUAAAUAUGUCAUUGGAUGACAUUAUAAAACAAAACCGUACAAAUAAAUCCCGAGGAAGAGGCGGCGGGACCAUACGUGGUCGUGGCGGUGGUGGUCGCGGUGGCCGCAGAGGUCGAGGCGGUGGUUCGGCUCGGCCAGAUACUCCUGGCGCACGCCAAGGCCGUGCCGGGGGCCGGUCACAGUCGCGCGGCCGUUCACAAUCUCGUAGUCGCUCCCAAUCUCGCGGUCGUUCUCAAUCAAGAAAUCGCUCUAGGUCACGCCAACAGAGACGUUCUUCUUCUCGGGCUAGGUCAGCGUCGAGAUCGCGAUCUGCGAUAAGAGGCUUAACUCCCAAAGGAAGAGCUGGACUUGAAGAACAUCAAGAUGAUAUGCCUCAGCUAGUAAGAAGGAACAAUUUUCGUGGUAGAGGCAGAGGUGGUAUUCAAACCAGACUUCUUCGCAGUAAUUCAAAUUCUCGAACACAAAAUGGGAUUCAUAGUCGACUUGGAAUAACAACUCGUAGGGGUGGUGCUAAUAAUGCUUAUCGUCCACUUGCAGUUGCUAAAAGGGGUAUUGCUAAGCGGGGUCAAGGUUUUGCUACAAGGAAAUAUAGCAAUGUGGGAUUACGUUCUGACCAAAUAAUUAAAGAGCAAAGACAGAACCUUAUGUUAAACAAUUCAAUCAUAAAAUCACAGACAUUUACACGGUCUAGACGUAAUUCCUUCAAUUCACCUUCACAGCUUACUGUUAGUGUAGCAAAUGAUUUUGCCAAAAGACGCAGAAAUAGUGUAGGUAAUGGUAAUUACUUGAACUCACAAAGCUUAGCGCAAUUUAACAAUCAGUUUGGUGGGUAUAGAACUCGACGAGGGACAGGUAGCGUUAAAUCAAUGGGUUCAAAUAGAUCAAACAGAUCUAGUCGGUCCAACCAAUCGAAUACAAGUAACAGGUCACGUGGUCGAGGGCGGGGACGCGGACGAGGUAGAGGAGUAAACCGUGGGGUUGGUCGCAAAUUUGUUAAUAAACAGAUACUCAAUCCCAAGCUACAAAAAGAGAUUGCUGCAAUACAGGGAAAAAGUUUGGCGACCAGUUCUAGUGAAAGUGAGGUCCCAGUUGGAGUUAAUUUCACCCCCACACCAGCAGCUACUGCUCAAACCUUACAUCAGAGGUUUGCUAGCGCAUAAUAAAAAGUUUGUUUAAAAUAAAAGA